AUCGUAACAAGUAAGUUGGACCAGGUUCAAAAUCAGAUUGUUUGUAAACUGGAAUUCGUUCAUCUUCGUCUCAUCUGCCGGAUUCUAAAUGCUCACUUCGUGUAGGAGUCGUGCGGGAUAAGUUAAGUACCUACUUACUGGAUUGCGCAAGCACGACUCUGACGCCGGCACUCGUGAUGGGACGCAAGGGCCCUCGUUUGGUGAAAGUAUAAUCUCUCACGUGCGCUUUCCCAUCUUCGUAAUCGCAACCGUAAAAGUCUCCAGAUGUUGAAGAUCUCCGCGCGCGUAGACGUCCAGCGCAAUUCGUAAUCGUCAAUGUGUAAUGGAUAAGUCACAGGUGACGACUUGGGCUGUAGUUGAAAAGCGUAGGGAUACUCGUGCAAUUUCGUUCAGCCUCAAAAAUAUGCCAUUUCGUCGAACGACGUUGAAUCAGCGGAUUAUGGUGAAGUAGGAGGAGGCAAUUCCAGAAUUAAAGUUUGCUGGUUCAUCUUUGGACUGAACGAUAAUUUCUAGACCCGCGUACUACACUCCACUAAUUUGAAGUAAAACAGUUCCUCCUCGUUUUUUCGUGCUGUCUACUCGUAUUUUAACAACGAGGUUUGGCUCCACUGAUACGGUCAGCUACAGUUUCUCAGCUACAGUUUCUUGUUUGUUUCUCGUGAGUGUGAAGCAAGAACGUACAAAAAGUGUCGCUCGCUAGACGAUUUGUAAAAUUGUCGAUCAAGUACGCAAAACAUGCCGAAGAAGCUGCCAGCCAUCGCCGCCGCGACCUGCCUCCUC